AUGUAUCGGGCACAGCUGCAGGCGAAUCGAAAGGUCAGACAAGAAAGGCGUUUAAAGUCGAGGCGUUUUACCCCUUACAUAAAUCCAGGAUCAAGGGAUGCAACGGCUACAACGUCUGCUCCAGCUCCAGUUGGCGUUCGGAUUCAGACACUCGGGCGAAAAUCAGGGCUUUGUUUUCGGUGCGGGAGGCCAGGUCAUUGGCAGGCAGAUUGCAAGGUCAAGGUUACAGAGGCAAAUGAAUCAAGUAAGAACGCAUGCUUCGUUUUGAAAGGUUUGAAGCUCAAGGACACGAUUAUCGACCAUGUUAACCAGACAGAGGUAGCGUUAGACUGUUUCGGUGAUUUGCCUGAUAAAAUGGCACAAAAAUUAUUGGGUUCACGAAGUGACAAUUCAGCUUCCAAACAACCGAUUCUUUCACCACAAUUUUCUGAUGUCAUUGAAAACAGCAGUUUAAUGUUGACAUGUAAAGUUCCUAAAGAACACACUAAUACAAAUUGGAAAAUUAACAACGGAAGCAUAUUUUCACACUUGAGCUUUUUGAAAGAAGGAGAAUGUGAAACAGAUAAUAACUUUCUUGCUGAUAAACGUACUUUUGACACGAGUUGUUAUAGUAAUGGUACUUUCAAAGUCACUAUAAAGAAUGUGACUAUCAGUAAUCAUGGUCAACGAUGGUUUUGUGUAUAUAGGUUUAAUCAGAGUAAUUUUGCUAGAAUAACUGUUCAAGUCCCCAUCAAGUACUUGAAAAUUAAAAAUAUUUCCGAAAAUAUGAUAAAGACAGUAGAAAAUAUGACAACAAGGUUAACUUGUCAGACAUCGGCAGGACGACCUGCUGCAAGUAUCACAUGGAGGAAAAUGUCUAAGACAGGCAUGAGCACAGAUUUAACACAUACAGCGAUAUACAAUAUUUCUGAACAAGACAAUGGCAUGAUAAUAUCUCAAAGCAGCAUUGAUUUGAAACUGUUACGAUGGGAGAAUGACACUCGAAUAAUUUGCGAAGCGACGAAUAAUAUAUCAAAUAUAACGCAAAAAGAAGUUAGACUUUAUAUUCAAUAUCCUCCGGGUAAACCGAACUUUGAAUACGUUGCACAAAAUGAAUUUGCAAGAGAUGGUGAAUUACGUCAUAAUAAACUAAUCGUUAAAGAAGGAAGCAGUUUUACUGUUAUAUGUAGAUCCGACGAUGGUGAUCCUCUUCCAACAUGCACAUGGAACAUUUCGAAUUACAUGAAAUCUCCUAACCUAACGUUUACAAAUAUUACAAAGGCAGACAUACGAUUGUAUGAAUGUACUGCAGAAAACGAAAUGCAACAUUUCCCUAAAUAUGAGAGAAAAUGGUCAACAUCCAAGGCAGUUCUUGACAUGGAUGUACUAUAUCCAAGUAGAAUAUUACAGUUCAAUGUAACUGAAGUUGAAAAGAAGGAUACCCAUUUCGAAGUCACUGAAAACGAAACCAUCCACUUUAUCUGCAGUGUUUACGGAAUCCCGUAUAUCAAUAUCGGUACACCACUGUUAUCACAAGAGUUUGAGCUGAAAACAAACAUUACAAGUGCACAAAAUGUGUCUGUUACUUUUCAAUUCAAAUCUAUCGCCUAUCCAGAACCGAGAUUUGAAUGGUUUAAACUUACCGACUCAUCCUGGGAGACAUUAAAUACCGGAAAUGACAAGAAAUUCGAAAUCACAACACAGGGACUAAACUCCAGUCUCACUAUACGCGACAUAACUGAAGACAAUUACGGACGUUACAAGUUAAAGAUAAACAACACAGUGGGCUCUUUGGAACAAAUUUAUUUUUUAAAAGCAAACGGAAAACCUGAUCAGCCAACGUUGUUUAAAUAUUUAGCUGGGGAUAUCGCAGAAACGUCAGUAAUUCUGCAAUGGAAACCUGGGUUUAAUGGUGGUCCUAAACAAACGUUUAUUUUGAGAUACAAACAUAAAUCAGGAAGUAAUUGGACGAUAAUAUCUAUACCUGAUGACGGUAACAAGAUCAUGAACUACACUCUCAGUGACUUGAAAAGUGAUUCAGUGUAUUUUUCGGAACUGAUUUCAGUGAAUUCUGAGGGGCAAUCGAUAACACGGAACCUGACAUUUAAAACAACAGAUAUUCAAAAACUGACUACAACAUCGAUACAUUAUUUGAAACUUACACUAUACUGCUGCGGAGGAGUUGUAGGCAUUGUUGCUGUAUUAGUUGCAACAUGCUUCAUUUCCAAAAGAAGGAAGAAACAGUCCACGCUGAAAGUUAUUUAUCAAAAUGUACCUCCGUGUGUUCCCGAUACGGAAAAUAUAUAUCAAAAUAUGCCGGGUUGCAGUAUAAAGGAAACGAAUAAAGGUCAAAAAGCAAUUUAUUCAAGGAAAGCAGCGGUUCGAGAUUUCCAAGAGGUGAAGGUAGAGCCAGAGGAUGAAGUAGAUACUGAUGAUCUAGAAGAGCUUGAUGAACUCAUCCCAGAACAAACGGAAUAUAUAAACUCAUUAGAUCUUAUAGAUAAACUAGACAAAAUAAAAGUAUCUGAACUUUUUGAUUACGUAAAGGAUCGGGCGGAUGAAGCAUUUAGUUAUGACUUUCAGAGCAUUCCUACCGCUUUCCAGAUGCCAUGUUUAUUUGCACGCAGUCCUGAAAACAAAACGUCAAAUAGAUACAAGGGCAUUAUGCCGUAUGAUCACUCCAGAGUUCAAAUCGAUGGUCAACCAGAUUUUUACAUAAAUGCAUCAUAUAUUGACGGAUACAAAAGACAGAAAGCGUACAUAGCCUGUUUAGGUAUUUUUCAUUUUGUUAUGUUUUAUAAUUAUUUAUUUAAUCGAAAUUUGUGACAUCUUUGAUCAUAA